UCGGUGGAUGAUCGUUUGGUUUGGUUGGUUAUGGUUGUUUAUUCCCUCGGUAGUGAGAGUCGUAUAGAAAUGUUCUGAAAAUGGUUCGGACAAGACAUAGUGGUGAUGGCGAGGAGGAAUGCUCUCCUAAGUUUUUAUCUCUUAGGAACGAGAGGAACCGUCAUGGAAUAAAGAGCACAGAGGGCAAAGAAGAUGGUCAACAUCCAACACUGUCCUAUAGGGGAGGGAGACAUGCUUACAAUGUAUUUGAAGACAAAGUUGUGGAAUCACGCCUACGGCCUCGUGUAGGGCCGAGCCAUGCCUAUAAUUAUUUGGAUGCAGACUCUUCUGAUGAUGAUUCGUACAGACACAGUCGUCGUCAGCCCAUGCAUGAGAUGAUGUCUUCUCGACGGCGGUCGCGCUACAGCCGAUCGCAUGAUAUUAAGCAGGAGUUGCUGGAAGAACACCAGGUGAGGUCUGAGCGAAGGCAGCGCAGGAGAAUGUCUGCCCCUGCGGAGGAGAGUCAAGAUCACUCAGUGACCGAUGAUGACGAUGAACACACAGAAUCCAUGAGGCGUAAGAGUUCUCGAACAAAAAGACAGAUUUAUAACAAGUUGAACCAGUCGUAUCUGGUGAGCCCUCCAGCCCAGGAGAAGGACGUCGAUGAGCACAUGGACCAGUCUGACUUGAAGGACCAGGAUUCAGAAGACAACCAGCAGUUUUCAGACAUGUACAGCAGAGUGAAAAGGAAACGUGUGCAAGUCAAGAGGAACAUGUAUGGAGUGCCCAUAAAUGAUGAUUCUGACUCUGAGCAAGGAGAUGAUAAAGAAAGGAACAGGAAUGAUAACAGUAAAGAUGAUGAGGAAGAGGAAGGUGAUGAUGACGAUGAAAGGGAGGAGGGUGAGGAGAAUGGGGACAACAGUGUUGGUUCCCGGCGUUCUUCUAAGAGGCUGAGUGGAGGGAAAAGAGAGAGAGAGCAGCCAGUGGUGAAGCAGUACUCUCUACGGGAGCACAAGCCUAGGACAGAUCUGUACAAGGCUCCUGUUGAAGAGAGAAAAAUCCGUAGGACUGAUCACUCCAUUUUUGCAUCAACGCCAACCAAGAAGAGUACAAAUCAGACGUAUCAGUCUCCUGCCCAGAGGAGAAACAAAAGAAAACGCUCAGCAUUCCACUCUGACUCCAGCUCCACUUCCUCAUCUGACAGUGAGAGUAGUGAUGAAAAGAAAUUCAAACACAGAAAAAACAAGAGUAUGGCCAAGGCAAGGAGCAGGUUGAUGCCUAUGAAUUUUUCAUCAAAUGCCUUGCCCCCAGCGGGAGUCAUCAAGGAUAGAGUCAAGUCAGGCGCCAGUCUGGCUGAUGUGGAGCCAAUGAAUAUUGACAGAAAUGUGACAUUCAACAGCAUUGGAGGUCUGGGUAAACACAUCCGUGCUUUGAAAGAGAUGGUAGUGUUCCCACUUCUUUAUGACAAGGUUUUCCAACGCUUCAAAGUGGAUCCGCCUAGAGGUGUGCUGUUCUAUGGACCACCAGGCACAGGCAAGACUCUAGUAGCUCGGGCUUUGGCCAAUGAGUGUUCCCAUGGCGACCGGAAAGUGGCUUUCUUCAUGCGUAAAGGUGCUGACUGCUUGAGCAAGUGGGUGGGCGAGUCCGAGAGGCAGCUCAGACUCUUGUUCGAUCAGGCAUACAAGUUCCGUCCCUCUAUAAUAUUCUUUGAUGAGAUUGAUGGCCUGGCCCCAGUGAGAUCAAGCCGCCAGGAUCAAAUCCACAGCUCCAUCGUGUCCACCCUGCUGGCCCUCAUGGAUGGGCUGGAUAGCCGGGGGGAGAUUGUGGUCAUCGGGGCUACCAACAGGAUUGACUCCCUCGACCCAGCCCUCAGACGACCAGGACGCUUUGACAGGGAGUUCUUGUUUCCUCUGCCUUCGCUAGAGGCAAGAACACAGAUUCUCAAGAUUCACACAGCUUGCUGGACCCCAAAACUGAAUGACCAUUUCAUCUCUCAGUUGGCAGAAAAAUGUGUGGGCUACUGUGGUGCUGAUCUCAAGGCUCUGUGCACGGAGGCAGCCAUGCUAGCCCUGCGCCGACGCUACCCACAGAUCUACAUCAGCAACGAAGCUUUACAGCUGGAUGAGUCCUCCAUCAAGGUGUCAGCUAAGGACUUCUUUGAUGCGGUGCAGAACAUAAUCCCUACCUCCCAGCGUGCAGUGAACACCCCAGCACGAGCCCUCAGUGCACGAGUGUGCCCCCUGCUUCAGCGUCAGUUGGAUCGAGUCAUGUCGCAGCUGGCUGACACCUUCCCUCCUUGCCUGGCUCAGAUCUCCUCUCUAGAUGCCGCUGCUACCUCCAGUCAAGCACAAGCUCUUGCAGAGAAUGGGGCCAUAUGGGAUGAAUUAGCCAGUGAUGAAGAAGAAGGUGCACCCUCUAUAUUUGUUACUACCCCCACUUCUAAAGGCAGCAAAGCAGCAAAAAAACACUCCGAUGAAGGAACCAGCAACUCAGAAACAGUGCCAACCUACCUCAAUUUUAUAAGCUACGCUACCAGCCGUCCUGCCACCUUCCGACCUCGCAUGUUACUCGUGGGCUGCGAGGGUCAGGGUCAGACCACCUACAUUGCACCAGCAGUAGUGCACAAGAUGGAGAGUUUACCUGUGCAUGUUUUAGAUCUGCCUGCUCUCUACGCAGUCACCGCCAAGACUCCAGAGGAGUCAUGUGCUAAUGUGUUCCAUGAAGCCAAGCGCAAGUGCCCCAGCAUCGUGUACCUUCCUUACAUCAACCAGUGGUGGGAGGUGAUGGCAGAGACGCUGCGGGCCACCCUGCUCACUCUCAUUCACAAUCUGGACCCCACCCUGCCCCUGCUCCUAUUGGCUACCAGUGAACAGCCUUACCACACCCUAGACCCAAUGCUUCAAUCCAUGUUCAACAAAUACUCUGGUGAAGUUGUGACCAUGAGCAAUCCAAACAGCGAAGAGCGGAAAGUUUUCUUCCAAGACCUUGUAAUGCGACAAGCCAGCAGACCCCCACCACAGAAGAAACAAGCUGAUGAAAUAGUAAAGCUAUUGGAAAAUAGUAAGAAAGCAAAGACUUGCAAUUUCUUACCAUCUAAUCACAAAAGAUUGAGAGCAAAGAGAAAUCGUAAAAUGUCAUCUCCAUUGCCAAAUUAUGUGUAUCCAUUUGGUGCUGAAAAUGUACUAGAAACUUGCAGUGUUGGGGAUAGAGCAGAGACAAAGUCUCCCAGGUGUGUUAAAAAGAUUUGGCCUAAUUCACGGCCACCCCCUGCUGACAAGGACAUGAGUGAGGGAAGGUGGCAGUGGUCCAAGAGGAAGUCCUGCAGGAGAACCCCGGGACAGUGCUCACUUGUGAAAGCGUCACCAGCCUCCACUCAUGGUAUGACCCUCAGGUCACGUGUCAAUAUACAGAGGCUUAACAGCAACCAGUCGGCCCGAGGCAGGGGCUGGAGAUGUCACAGUGUUGUUUAUACCUCACACAAGUCUGCUGUUCCAUCAAAACAAAGGGGUGCAUUCAAGGAGCCUGUUGCUCUAUCGAGGGGAGCCCAGUCUUCAAAGUCGUGUACAAGUCAUAGAGUCUGGAGCCUCUCUGACCGACACAAACGUUAUCUCCGCCGUCUUCACAAACUAGAGGAAAAGCUAGCUGAAGUAGGCCCCUCCCACACACAUGAAUGUUUUGACCCCCAAUAUCGCAACAGCCACUGCUCCCUGACCAGCAGACACCAGCGUUACGUUCGGCGUCUUGAGAAGCUACAACGGCCUUUGGGGGUCUGGGCCCAGGCUGGCAACAGAUGUAUACUGCCAAGUUCUCACAUGUCUGUGAGGUCUGCAAAGAGUUCUCACCAUAGCUCGGUAUUUUCUUGUGGCUCUUUUCAAAUGCUCUACAAGACAGAAGAAGGUGACCAUGACUAUGGAGAGUUAAGUGACGGUGACUCUGUGUUGCCGGUGAACCUGAGAGACCUGUGCCCAGACAGACUCCAGGAUGCUCCUCACUCAAGCAAACAGUGGACACGGCUGCACAGUGGGCUCCACAAAAAUAGGUGUUGUAAGACAAAACGUGUCAAGACUGAACCCACAGACUCUCUGGUGUCCAAGAGACAUCCAAGAUACAAUCUACGCCUUCAGACAUGGCUGCACCCAGGGGCUCAGCGUAUGCUGGAGGUACUUCCCAAAGCUGUGGCCAACAAACCUCGUGAGCUGAACAAGGAGGAGCUGAAGCAGCUAAUGGAGAAAGAGGAACUCACUCUGAUGGAGCUGCGCAUCUUUCUCAGGGACGUGCUCAACAAGUUGGGCGGUGACAAGAAGUUCUCCAUCUUCGCUAAACCGGUUGACAUUGAUGAUGCACCAGACUACUAUGAGGUCAUAGAGCAGCCUAUGGACCUGUCUACAAUGAUGUCUAAGAUUGACCUCCAUGAGUAUGGAACGGUCUCAGCCUUCAUGAAAGAUAUUGACCUGGUCUGCUCUAACGCUCUGGAGUACAACCCAAACAGGGGCCCAAUGGAUCGGGUCAUAAGACAUAGAGCAUGUGCUUUGAAGGACACAGCCUACGCAAUCAUCCGGACAGAGCUUGACAAAGACUUUGAAAAAAUGUGCAUGGAAAUUGAAGAGUCCAGAAAGAGAAGAGGUCAAAAAUCUUUGGAUGUCCCCAACUUUUACUACACAAAGCCAGUGAACCAACAGGGCUCAUCACGAGCUCAGCAGUCUGGCAGCUUGCCCAGCUACCUGGAGAACCCCAAGCCUGUGCGCACCAUACACAAACCCGAGGGAGAGCGGUACAGCCGCAGGGUACGAGGUUUGAACAUUGACCCCACUCCGGCCCUGGAGUCUGUGGAGAAAGUGUACCGCGCUGCUCGUUCGGGCUCCUCCCCGACCAGAGACAAUAAGAACAACUCCAGUGGGGGCACUGAGCUGGAGGGCAACACACCGGGGCAAAGUCUGGAGACUGAGGUAGACAAGGCUGUUGGAGAGUCUAAUGUCAGCAAAGAUGUGAAGCCUAACCCCGCCCCCAAAAAGAGUCAUAUCAGCAGCGGUAGCAGCAAGUCCCAGCCCAGCAGUGCCAACCCUAAGAGGUCGAGGACCACCAAGUGUGUGUGGUGUAAGCCCAAGCGCAAGCGUCCUCGUCUCAUGUUUUCCCGUCACCCACUCAGACGGAAGAGUAUGGAGGAGGAGACAGAGGUUGACCUGAGCCAGGGGGAGGAGGACAGCCGUGUCACAGAGGCAGCCACACCCACUGGUCGGCCAAGUGCCACCACUGUCACGCCUUGUUCCACUACCACUACCACCACUGUCACGCCUUGUUCCACUACCACUACCACCACUGUCACGCCUUGUUCCACUACCACCACCACUGCAGUAGAACAGCAGCUUAGCAUUGAAGUCUCAGAACACAGCAGUGAGUCCAAAGAACUGAAAAGUCCUCAGCGCGUGUCCAGCCGUCUGCGCAGUCCUGUACUGGGCAAUCCUGUUGGGGUUACCACACGUCGGAGCAGCAUGAGCCCCCGCGGGGCUGGCUCUGUAGUGGGGAGCCCAACUACCUCUGGUGCUGUGGAGGCCAGCCUGGUGGAGGAGGAGGAGGAGGAGGUAGUAGACACACUGGCAACUCCAGUGCAGGAGGAAACAAACUCUUCCGCUCAAGCCCUGCUCUCCUCUUCUCAAAACAAAGUAGCUAGUCAAGAGAGAGAGCCUCUGGUGUUGCCCUCUACCUCUGUGAGCCCUGUGUGUGGAGAGAAGCGCAGCGUGGUCAAGCGUCUGGACCUGGAGGCUGUGACGGUGGACAGUGGUGUGGGCAGCUCAGUGGACAGUAAUGGAGACUCGCGUGACAGCCUGGAGCACAGUUCUAAAGAGGCGCCCUGUAAGACACCGGAGACUCAAGAAAUAAAUGAUACCAACCAGAACUGUAAUGCUGAGCUGAAGCUACGGGCCAAUGCCAUCCUCCAGGAGAGUCCCCAGAAGCUGGUGGUGGACACCCAGCGGCUCCAGGCUUUGCUGCAGAGACUGGUGACCCGCACGGAGGGCUUCACAGUGGAGGGUUUGGAGAAACUGUACAGUCACCUCAGCCAGGUCAUCUACAGGCACCGGCAUGAGUACAACAGGACCACCAUGAUCCUGAAUCUUGAGAAGAAAGCGGAAGAGCUGACGAGACCUGUCCCAUCAACAUCAUCCUCUCUGGGUCAUUCCAGCGCAAGUGCUUACUGUUGACCUGCACCACCAGCCAUCGGUGCCCUCUGUGAAGGAUCUGACUGUUGUUAAACGUUUUGAUUCACUUCUGGCAUUCAGGGAGAUUUUUAUUUAUUAUACUAUGUUACCGGUAUAUUCUAUCAGGGGAUGUGUGGUCUUUGAUGGCUCUUGUUAGGAACUCAACGUCUUUCUGUAGUCCAUACUAUCGCUCACCUUGCUUUGUGUCCCCUGCCUGUUGGCAGCAAUGGGAGUGUCUUGUAAACAGUGACAGUAACUUUUUCUUUUCUUUUUUUUUUUUUCCCCCCAUUGUAUUGAUCCCUCAAUGUCAACUUGAGUGUGUGUAGUGUGGGUAAUACUGCCAUUCUAGUUUGCGUCUAGAGAAUGAGUCUACUUAGUUUGCGUCUAGAGAAUGAGUCUACCUAGUUUGCGUCUAGGGAAUGAGUCUACCUAGUUUGCGUCUAGAGAAUGAGUCUACUGCAGUGCUCUGGCUGUCUGUAGAUUUCCUUGACAAGUUAUUUUUUCCCCAGUGUGAGAUGACUUUCUCCCUCAGUUGGACUUGCUCAGGUUGUCACCUGAACAUGCCAGCACUUUGCAUCAACCCUCCAAAGUUUUAUUUUGUUUGUUGUCUUACACAGCCUGUUCUGACAUUUCCUUGACCGUUUAGUUUAGACAGAAAAUGUGCUCAAGAUGGCCACUUUAGCAGUAGACAUAGCUUCACAUUCUCUGGUUGCCUGUCAAGUCCUUAGUUAUUGUGUGGAGCUUCAAUUUGUGUUUACCCAUUCCAUUGGGAAAGACCUGUCCGAAAUUGAACCACAUGUCAUGGACUACAACUUUUUUUCCUAUUGUAGAGUGGCCGUCUUGUGCAGACGUAGCUGUAUUAUUUUUUUGUUGCAUUGCCACCAGAGACCUUGUGUAUGUUGAGUGUAUUCAAUGAGAAGCAAGUAUUUGUGAGGAGUUUUUAUGUUUGCCAGUUCUUUUGAGAGAGUCAGGUGAUUGUUUUGUCAAAUUAACUUGCUGCCUCUAUGAUUGUCUCUUUUUACAUGAAAUGUUUUUUUGUAACAGCUCCUGAGACUUUUUGUCUGUUAGUGUGUGUGUGGCUGUAUGUUUUAUUUGAAAAAAUAUGUUCAUUUCUCAUGUACUCUGCACUGUCUUAGUAACUCGCACCAACUCCUGAAUACAUUGGUCAAAGUGAUGAUGAUGAUGCCUGACUGGGUUACUGGUGCCAGGUUUAACUCAGCACCUUCCCUGUUGACCUUUUUUUUCUUUUGAAUGAUACUUCCAGAUUGUUCACACUCUGGCACGUGCUUUAGCUUUUGGAUACAGAAGAUCACAAACUGUGUGUUUGCCUUGUUUAGAAAUGUGUGUUCCACCUUUCCUAUGGCAGCAAAACACUGGACACCUGUAGACCUUCAGGCUGAGGCAAAAGCCCUGCCUCCAAGCCCAGAACUAUCCUGCACUCCUUCAAGGCAGCUCUGUGGAAUGCCCGAGUUGUCUGCUUCACUAUUCUGCUUCCUUGUUUGCGUAUGCCUGCUGGGGCUGGGCCCUGGCCCCAGUCUGUUGGUUCUUACAGCUGUCACUGUUUGUUCUUUGUUCUUCCUCCCCGUGAGACCAGGGGAUGACUGGUCUGUGUGCUAGUGGUGUGGCCUGGAUGGUGGUUGUGUUUGUGUGCUCGUGUGGGUGUUGGACCAGGCCAACGGGCCACUCUUUGCCUCCUUGAAAUACUGCCAGACUUUCUUAAUAUAUUAUAUAAUAUAUAUAUUAAUGUCUUAAUAUCCUAAAGGCAAGCAUUAUUGUACUGUCAAUGCAACCGUGUGAUGCACCUUAGGUUAUCAUAUUGUCAGCUCAAUGUUAUGGGAUGUCGUUUAUGUUGGUUCUCUGUAUGAGUGAGUGUGACUAGUUUGUAUCACUAUGUUUUAGGAUGAGGUCAACUGGUGUGUGUGUCUCUGUGAUUGUUUGUUGUGUAUAAACUGGUGCUGUGAUGUGGUAGUGCCUAGCUGGAGAGAAAGCUGGUUAGGAACAUGGCCUUUGUCGUGACUUGUUAGUUUUUCAUCUUGAACAAUGCUCAGCUGCUUCUGCAUAAUCCAGGUGCAUUCUCCACUCCUGGCAUGCGACACGGACUUGUAGGUGGACAGUAGGGUGCCAGUGAUGUCUAAACACAGGCACAGGUCAAAGCCGGUCUUUUCUUUAGUUCCUUUAACUGCUUGUUGAACGGCUGACAGAACAUUUGUGUUUCAGAAUAAGCUUGUCUGCUUAAUUUGGUUGCCCUCCUGCUGCAAGAGUAGCUUUAGUCUAUCGUCAUGUUGUUCAGGGCUGUGGGUUCAGCUGACACCUUUGGUUGUGUAGUAGAGGAUGACUUGGCUCAUGAUGAGCUUCCAUGACAAGAGUGGACGACAGAUAUUGGUUUGUUGAGUGGGAGGCUUCUGAUUGUCUUUUGUUUUCCCCUGACCUCAUUGGCAGCUUCUAUUCUACUGAUCUCAGCCUUUCUGGCCAAGAACCGCCGUGUCUUGUCUGUCUGUGCAGGCAGGCUACAAGGGAAUGGAACAGCAAAGAGAACCAUGAUUUCUACCAGACUGACAUGAUCUACUAGACAUAAAUUCAUCUUGAGGUGUGCCAGGUUUUGUGUGUUGGGAUAUACCACACCUGUCUGAAGGCACAUGGGAGAGAAAAUUUUUCUAUUAAAGAAUCUAUAACAGGUUUUGCUAUCCAGUACGGCAUGUUUAUUCUAGACUUUGUAAAGUUUUACACUAAUUUAUUCACUUGUAGAAACCUUUCCCCUUAUCCUUGAAAGGCAGGGAGAUUUUUCUUGUUGUGCAUGUUUGUAUGCAUAACCAUGAUGGUGUUGUUGUAUUGUACAGAUGUUGGGUGUCUGGGAUUGUUUGCCCUCCUUGGGUGCCUUGUAGACAGACUGGUCAAACUAUGCUCUCAGGAUAGGUUUUGUCUGUGUGUCUAUACUGUUGUGCUAUGACUAGGAUGAGUAGUGUGUGUGUGUGUGUUUGUACCUGUCAGUCUGGACAUUGAAUAAAUGCUUUAUGUUUUUUCA